GCAGGUGAAGAAUGUCGAUCCAUUGUUUUCAAAGAACCACUACAGGGCAAAGUCAUAGAGGGGCACUUAAUCAGGCUUGUAGAGGUACCCCACCAAGGGAGAUGUAACGUGCUGUGCUAUAUGGAGCCCAAUUGUGUGUCCAUAAAUUUGGGGCCUUCGCAAGGAGGCAACUACAUUUGUGAGUUAAACAAUGCUUCGGACGAAAGUCCAGGCGCAUCCGUCCUUCAGAGUAAACAAGAUUAUACUCAUUUAAGCAUCGAGGUAAAGUGAAUUAUUUCAGACGGCGAACAAUUCUUGUGGGCGAUAAUUUUGUGGGAUCACUUCUCAAGCGAUCCCUGCAAUCCUUGUUUUGAAUUAAGGUGAUUCUUCAGUGUUGUACCGGGCAUCACGUGAAACUUUUUGACCCGAUUUUGUAUGAGAUUGAGUGAUUUUUCCACAGAUUAUAUAUUACAUUGUUCCAUAAGUCCUAUCGACUCUAUACCUAUCGCUCGAGUGUUUCAGUUUAACGUUCGUUUAAAACUACCUCAAAAUAUACUGUGAACCGAUGAAAUAACGCAUGUGAUUAGUACCAAUACGGGAAUGAAUUGGGUGACAUUGGCCGUUCAUAUCCGUUUGGUGACCUAUCUUUUGUGUGGUUGUACCAAUGCAGGAAUGAAUGGGGUAAGAUUAGCCCAUCAUAUCUCUUUGGUGACCUAUCUUUUGCAUGGUAGUUUUCGAAACAGAGAUAAGUAAUGAACACUUUGGGAAAAUAAGGAAUCACCUGAACAAGGGAGAAUACCAAAGCUACGGUACACCAGUGGUGUCCUCUGUACAACGUUAAAACGAGAAAAUUCCAAUACGGAAAUGGAUGGGGUGACAUUGGCCUAUCAUAUCUCUUUGGUGACCUAUCUUGUGUUUGGUAGUACCAAUACGGGAAUAAAUGCUAACAGGCACCAGUGGUUUAUCUGUACAGCGUUAAAACGAGAAAAAUCAAAGAACCCGUGGCUAAAAAGAAUAGGAGCCAUUCUAAAUAAAUCAACCACUACUCGACCAACGAAAUAUCCAGUAACUCGAUCGACUGAUUUUCUGGUUUACUGAUCAACAAGUGUAACUGAUUCUAGUCUUCACUUGAUCAAAAAGCAUGAAGAAGUUAUCACUCCAGCAAGACUGUGUUACUUUAGAAUAAAUAAUAACUAACCAUAGACAUUUAUAAUACGCAGUCCUUUUGUCUUGAACAGAAUCCAUGCAGCAGCAGUCCUUGUUUCAACAAUGGAACUUGUCAUGCUGGAUACACCGAUAAAGGAUUUCGUUGCAAAUGUCCUUCAGGGUUCACUGGCGCAUACUGCAAUAAAAGUAAUUGAGUACAAACCUGUAAAGUUAACUCAAUACCAAAUGUAACCAUAGGGUAUUCUGGGGGAUAAAAAAUUCCGUAUUUUUUCUUUUUUUCUAUUGUAGCCUGCAGCUUUGACUUUGAAGAUGGAAUCGGUGGAUGGGAAAUGACAGGCACAGCUUUCAUUUAUCAACCAACAUUUGGUGACAAUCCAGCAGCACGCUACAGAGAAAGCGCCCAGCAACAAGGGGACUGGUGGAUAGGGGGAGCUGAGAAUCGACCCGGCGAAAGCGAUCCAGCAGGAUGGCAGCACCCAGAUGGGGCCGAUCCACCCCAAGGAACUCUCAUUUCUCCUUGUUUCCGUAUCGUUGGCAAGAAUAUCUCGUUUCUCAUCGGUGGAGGAUGUAACAUAAGUGAUAUUCGUGCGGAACUUAUUGUCAAAAACCAGGUGAGAUUAUUCACUUUGACCAUUAUGUUUCCUUUGAUUCUAAUGAAGCAGUUUAGGUAG